CGACAUCUGCAGCGGGAGGGACGGUGGUCGUUAAAGUAGAACUGCCGCAGUUUCAAUUCUGUGCAGUAAUUUGAAAGACCCUCGUUGAAAAUUUACUGAACAAGAUUAAUAUUUUAGACCCGAUUUGAAAAAAAAAUGGUGCGGUGUCUUUAAAAGGAGAAGGGCGGCUGGAUUGCAAUCCGGGAGAGUGACUGAUCGAGAGAAAAAAGGGAGGGAGAGAGAAAGACUAUAAAUAGAAAUACACGAAACAUCGAACAGUCUGUUCUGCAGACAGCUGUCAUUUAUAUUCUGCAAAAAAGGAAUGGUUAACUGUGGAUUUGGAACGUGACAGUGUACAGAGGUCGGCGGUUCGAAACCACGUUCCCUGAUAGCCAUCGAACGGAUAAUACAGUUGUUUAGAUAUGCGUUACCUGGGAUUUCUUAUCUGUUUAUUUCUAAUCAGUAAACUGCAAUAACAGUCGCAUCCAGGCAAGUGGACAACACUGACUGUGGUAUAGCGCUUGUUUUAGAGAACUCACUGGGGAAACGGAACCAGAAAUCAGAGGGAUUCAGUAGUUCCACAGUGGCAGUUCAACACCGAUCAGUUGGGCACUCUCCGCUCAGAAAUGUAAUAACGCAAGUCUCUCACAGCAGAAAUUGUUGACUUGUGACCUGACUGAACGCCACAGUUUGAACCCUCCAACGCUGUUUUCUUAUUCCUAUGUAACGAAAAGGUGAGACUGCUUCUUGAAAUCAAACCUACCAUGUGGCUGCAUUUAUGACCAUUAGUUAAUACACACAAUUGGUGUGCUCUCUUCUCUCACAUGCUUCUACCUGCCUGUUGCUCCUCCCAAACUCUUUCCUCCGACAGUGUGCAGAUAGUGUUAUGACUAGCGAUAGAGGGGGGACAUUAACCUUGAAGUGGAAAAUAGAGAGCUACAAUGGCAACUUUGGCGAAAUGCUUUGAAGGCACCUGGACUUGAUGGUACUACCUUGAUGCCCAUUUUAAAAUACAGGGCUAAUAUAAUUUAGGAUUGUAUAAUACAAGCUUUUCUGACAUAACUGUCACCGACACCAUCAUGCCACCAUCAUGAACAUUUCUGGAGAAUGGAUCAUGCUGAGAUGCAGGUGGAAAUGGUUCCUGGGCGACUACAGAUUUUAAUGUCCAUGCUGCAGUUCCUUAUCUUGGGCCAGUACAUUCAGUGCAUCCUAAUGUGUCCUACAGACUGCACCUGUUCUUCAGAAAGUGGAACUGUCACCUGUACAAACAAAGAUCUGAAGGAGAUCCCAAAAGACAUUCCUGCUGAUACAUAUGUUUUACAUCUUGAAUUCAACAAGAUCACAAACAUUCCAGAUGGAGCCUUCAAGGAUCUUCACUGGCUUCGGGAGCUGUAUCUGUCCAACAAUUUAAUAGAGACUAUCUCACCUGGUGCCUUUCAAGACAUCAGUGAUGACCUGAAACUUCUUGAUCUCUCAAAUAACAGACUACGUCGUGUUGACCUUCAGGUCUUUGGGAAGAUGAGGGCUAAGACACGGCUAUACCACAAUCCAUGGCACUGUGAGUGCUUGUUGCAGGAACUCAUAGUCAGCUUGCAGCUGGAUCCAGAAACAGUCAAUGAAAUCAUCUGUGACACAUCUGUGCAAGAAGAGUAUGCAGGCAAACCUUUCAUUCAGUUGCUGAACUCGGGGAUCAACUUUUGCAGUAUGCAGCAAAAGACAACAGAUGUGGCAAUGCUGGUGACCAUGUUCUGUUGGUUUACCAUGGUAAUCACCUAUGUGGUUUAUUAUGUACGCCAAAACCAAGAAGAUGCCAGGAGACAUCUGGAGUACCUCAAAUCACUGCCUAGUAAGCAAAAGACGCCUGGGGAUGCAGACACUGUUAGUACUGUUCUAUGAUCCAAGCUCUCAUAAAGACUGAACUAUCAUUAAUUUUGUAAACAUGUACUCAGGUGAGGUGGCUAUGAGAUGAACUGUUUCAAAAUAAAAAUGACACUAAUUUGCAA